CGGGGCGGUGACCGCGGCUUCUGCUCCUGCGGAGGACUUGACGUUCCCCGGCCGGGGCUGGCGGGGCCGGGAUGGGGCUCUGCCUGCCAUGCCUGGGGGGAGCGGCCGACACCGUGGUGGAGACGCCGGACCCAGAAAUGAGAAGACGGCAACUCGCAGAAGCUGCAGAAAAAAGGCAAAUGGAGUCUGCUUCACGUGGGAUUAAGAAUCCAUCAUCUGUGGAACAGAAGAAAAGGAAACAGGAAGAAAUGGAGAAACGUCUUGAAUCUUCAGGUCCUGGCCCAGAAGGAGGCGGGCUAAGAUGGCAAGUUGGAUAACUGUACGAGCCGCUCCAGAAUGGAAGCAAGGGUGACCGUCCUACUGCCCGUACCUUGCCAGUUCCUGCAGCUGAGUGACACUUGUUCCUUGUUUGGCUUUUGCUGUUGUUUGCAUCGGACGGCGCAGCAGUACUUGCCACUAAUAGUGGGCCAGAUUAAAGAUGUGCACUAAGGAUAUUGUCAAACCAAAACCUCAUAAAGUACAGCAGAGUUGGCCAAAACCAGUCACGUCCUUGUUACGCUGCCAUACUGUUUAAUUUUGCAUGUCUUAACAUAUUCUGGGGUGCAGUUGUGGGCAGAGCCUUCAUUUAUAUUCCCUGAUUAUAGAAAAAGGUUCUGCUUUCAAACAUGUCCCUAGAUACAUCUUUACUUCCCCCACUCCCUCUUGUCCUACAUUUAAGAUUAAUGCCACAGUCCCAGAUCUUUUGCUCUGAGCUAAACCUGCUGAAACCAGCAGGCUUGUCUGAGAGAAAGCUUUUGUGCCUUAUAGGGGUGAAUUCAUAUAUUUAAGUGAGACACUGCCCUGAGAUGAGAAAUUGUGGCUUUAUUCUUGUAAGUGCUAUUUGUGUGUUGUGCAUAGAGAAAUACAAGCAAGCAUGGAUGAUGGACUGUAACAAUUUCUGCUAAGAAAAAUUACCACAGACAGCCACAUUUCUUUUCUCAGAGGAGUGCACAUUUGAAAAGAAGAAACUACAGAACCACAUCUACAGGGACUUGACUACUUUGUGGAAAUUUUCUCUCCAAAAAUAAGUGUCUAAAUUCUCCCUAAAUCCUGGAAAUAGUUGGAGAAACCUGACUUUUGCAAAUUUGCCUGGCAUAAGAAUAGCUUUACAAUAUUCUGCCAAAGUAAAUGCACUUAAUUUAUUUGGCUUCCUCUCUUUUUCCUGAUGGGAGAUAGCAUUUGGAGUAUGUGAUUGUUAUUCACCCAACUGCAGUUUUCUCUCUCUUGGUGUAUGUUUGUCUGUGCAUACUGGGUGAUGUGAAUUGACUAUACAGCAGAAAUGUCUGACUUGUGUUGUUUAUCAGCCAGUGCAUUUGGAAACUGUAUCUACAAGCGGAUUGGACACCACUGGCUAACAGGGUUCUUCUCUGUCCUAUAGUUCUGCAUUUGUCUCCAAAAUGACAUAGUUCGUGUCUUUAAAAGGGGGAAGGGGAACAUAUAUAAAACAAAAGCUGUACUUUAUGCACAUUUUAUCUCACUUUCUCUCUCUUUCUGUAUGUGAAAAGUGCCCAAUUAGCUUUCCGUAUCUUAACUUUCUAACUUUGCUCAUCCCAGAGCAUUGUGAAUAGUGAUCUUUUAAAAAGUCCAACAAUGAAAUAUUCCACUAAGACAAAAUAACCUGCAUACAGCUGUAAAGCUUUCAACAUUCUGCCAAGUUAACCUUUAGUAUAAAGUAUAUUCCUUGGUUUCUAGCUUGAAACAUUGCAGUAAUGUAAUUUUUAAUGAAAUACCUACUGUGCUUUGAGUUUCAUUAGCUAUACUGUAUGCAAACUAAAUUCGUCUAGUGUUUUAGGCAUUUUAAUUGGAAUGAGAUGACCUUCUUCACUGCAAUAAAAUAACAGUCCUGGUUUUUUUUUAAAGUUUGCAGUGAUGCAUUUGACCCAGUUUGGGAAGGAAAAAGACUGGCUUAUGAUAACCUCCCUUUUAGUCAGUAUUACCAUGUGCUGCUUUUGUUGUACCUUCCAACAGAGUCCAACUCUUGCAUACAUUAUCAUUCAUUUUUGUUUUGUAGUCUGGUUAUGUUAAUCAUACAAUGCAAAAGGUUUGUGGCCUUGUUGUCAAAUACAGAUACCUCGGACCGGAUGAUGGGUGUUCAUGUUGCUGGCAUUCAUGCCGUGAUGUCUUACUGCUUUUUACUGCUGUAACACCAAUGAACCAGUAACUCGGAAUAACACUUGGAAUCUCUAGUAAUGCAUAGUCUUCAGAGGAUGGUGCCAAGCACUGUUGAUAUUAAAGUGCCAAGCUGAAGUGGACUGUGCUUCCGCUGUUAUGUGAACAUUUAGGAAAGGGGAUUUGUUUGUUUGACUGCUGUUUGUAAGCACUUUUGCAUUCAUGGGUGCAUUACCUUUAGAUGUGUUCUUUUGAGAAAUUCACCAAUAAGCUCAGCAUUUCAGUGAUGUAUGGUUCUUACAGGAAUAGAGUUGUCAUACUUCAAAGGCCUGAUUACUUCACACUCUGGAAAUCAAAGUAAUGUGGAUAUUGUGGUCAAAGAAUGUGUUUUUCUGUAACAAGUUGCAGGGUUAUAGAGAAGUUCUGGAAAUGUGCCUUUGAUAUAAUUUUGCUGUUUGCUUUUGACUGAAAAUAGUACAGAUGGUUUUAAUUCAAAAGAAUAUGUCUUCAGAUAUAUUUUCAGGAGCAGAUCUUCUGAAUUAUAACUUAGAUCCCACAAUAUCUGUUCUGAUCACUGCCUGCCCAAAAUGUGACUUGCACACAUGAAAAAGGUUGCUAAGCAGUGAAUGUAGCCACGCUCACAAAGGCUCGGGUGAGGCCAUAAUAAAGAACUCUUUUGGAGUGUACACAGCCCAAUCAGUUGGUAUGAGACCUUUCCCCUUGCCCCACUUUACAAAGAACUCUAGUGGUCACUAUUUUCAGAAAAUAACCUCUGUUUAGACAGUUUGCAGCACAUGAAAUUCUUCUCCCAUUGUUAUGAAAAGCUAAAAAAAGUUCACAUGUAAGCUGUGCACGGACCAUAUUUUUCAGUCACAGGGCUCAGACAAGGUACAUGUUCAUGGAAUUCUGCCAAACUCUUUUGGUAGAUCUUGUUUUUCCAGGUUCUGUGUACAAAGCGCACCAUGUUUAGGCAAGUUGCUUUACACCAUCCUAAGGUGUCUGAUGAUAUUAUGAUGUAUUUUAUUGAGAGCCUUCAUUAUGUGUGAGUGGAGUUUGCCCUAAUGUGAAGCAGAAAAAUGCAACUUCACCUUGCGUAGAGGUUCCAGCUUGCAUCAGCCGCUGUUGGAGUGAAGUUAUAGUGGUUAAAGAUGCAUACUGUCGCAACAAGUAACAAUUCUUUUUAUGGGCACUGAUCAAACUGACAUUCAUGUUGAUGGAAAUACAGUUUCUAAAUGGUUACAAACAUCUGUUAGGCCUGUGCAAUGGAUUUCAGCAUAUUUGUUUGUAAGAUCAUUGUGUUGCUAAGAAUAAAGAGUUUGUAAAAGCA